UUUCAGUGUCUACGCGAGCUUCCGGCAGAGAAUUCACCGAGAGGAAACUGUGUUUCCAUAGUUUUCCUUUGCACAAGGAAACACGCAAAAAGUGGCUUCACAGUAUCCGGCGUGAGGACUAUAAGGAUGAUUUGGUUUUGGAUCAGACCGAAGAUCUCCGAAAGGAGGUCGAGCGCCUGAAGAGAAAGUUGGCAGAGUUGGCUGUCCUUCAGAGAUUUUGUUUGGGACGAUUUGCUGCAUCAGACGAUGACAUAAGGUUUUACACUAGAUUUGCCACUUACAACCACUUGAUGGCGUUCUGGAGACUCAUUGAGCCUGCGUCCCACAACAUGGUUGGUUUGACCAGAGCCAGGGCAGCUGCAACGACUGAAGUUGGAUCUUCAGACAGUACAUCUUGUCAGUCGAUGCAGCCCAUAGAUGAGUUUUUCCUCUUCCUGGUCCAUCUCUCCGUUGGUCUAACAGAGAGAGAUCUGGCCCACAGAUUCAAUAUCCAUCCGUCCACUGUGAGUCGAAUCAUUACAACCUGGGCCAAUUUUCUCCACGCAAUUCUCAGAUCUGUGCGCAUCUGGAUGUCAGAGGAGGCGGUCAAGGCUCACAUGCCAAAGGAGUUUCAGGACUAUCCAGACACGCAUGUAGUGAUUGACUGCAUAGAGCUGCGUUGCCAAACAACAUCCUCUCUCCAUCUUCAAGGAGAAGGGUCCCAGUGCACCUAUAAGGGGUUAAUUGGCAUGGCACCGCAUGGUGCGGUUACUUUUGUGUCACCCAUUUUUGCAGGAUCGAUCAGUGACAAGGAGCUUCUGAAGCAGUCUGGGUUUGUGUCACUCCUGAAACAUGAAAUGGCCAUUAUGAUCAACAAAGGGUUUUUUAUAGAUGACUGUGUACCAUGCAGAGUUUACCGACCUGCCUAUCUGGUAAAGAGGGAACAGAUGCCAGCUGACGAAGUGAGCGAGACUCAGUCCACUGUUCUGCUGAAGGUCCACACUGAGCGACUCUUUUGCAGGGUGAAACAACACAAGCUGUUGGAUGCGCUCAUUCCUCGCUCCGACACCACAACCAUCAACCAGCUAUACACUGUUGCUUGCCUCCUUAUAAACUACCAGAAUGGCCCCUUGUUAAAAGCAUGGGCAGAUGAUUAAAGUCUAGACAAAACACUUGCUGUUGGAGGAUUGAUGAAAGGACUGAUAUGUAAAUAUAUAGAUAAAAAUAAACAUGCAAAUGUAAAUAA